UGUGUAUUCGGCAAAUACUUUAUACUAUUGAAUUAGUAAGAAUGAGUACUAAAUGGUUUUGCAAGUCUCUUGCAAUUUUGACAUUUACUUUUGUCGCCCACGUGCAUAGCGAUAUCUACGAGGAAUGCAACAAUAAACCAAACCAUGCGUUUAUAGUUAGCAAUACGUCUUGCAGCCACUACAUCUACUGCGCCGGUGCCGAUUCCUAUGAGGGCGAGUGCCCGGAUGGCGACUAUUUCAAUGAAUUAUUACAAACAUGUGAUCCUAGACAUCUCGUCGACUGCAAACUUAACACUUCAAGCGACAUCGGUGGUAAUUCGUCAGCAUCUAUGCAAGUCCAAACGACCACCACACUCAGUUCACUGCUCUUUUCGACAGUUAAGGACACAAAUGCAACUGUUACAUCGAAUUCCAUCAUAUCAACUACAAUCACCAGCCAAUCGUAUGAUGUGAACGCAACUACUACAAGCGCUAGUGGAGCUAUGGUUACGCCGGCCACGAUUUCACCCAAUACAGAUGGCAAUACGGUCGUAAUAAUAUCCUCCGAAUGUCCGGCUGUAGACAAUUUAAAUCAGAUAAUUUUCGUGCCCCAUCCGAAAACUUGUUCUGAUUAUUUUAUUUGCUACCAUGGCGAGAGAUUGGCCAUGCACUGCUCUGCCAUGCUGCACUUUAAUCCGCGCACUGGAAAAUGUGAUUAUCCAGAAAUGGUUCGAUGUCAAGUAAGUAAUAAAUUUACCGAUUUCACUAAUCCGAAAGAACAAUGCCAGGCGCACACCAUGGAUAUGUAUCCGCAUGCGACAAAUUGUAACUAUUUUUAUCACUGUCGAAGCGGAUAUCUUUUAUUGCAGCAGUGCCCCUUUGGCUACGGCUGGGACUAUGAAAAACGCGCUUUUUUUCGUAUAUAUUUGGCAUUGGCAACAGUAUCACAAUUUGCUUACGCCUCUUCAUCAAAUUUAGUCACUCCGAACAGGAUCAAGCGUCAGAAUAGUAUUUGUUUAAAUCAUACCGCUGGCGAAUUCGACAGAAAUCCAGAUGACUGUCGUUCAUUUUAUUUGUGUUUGGAAAACGGACAGGCUGUGAUGGCACCCUGUCCGCCAACAAUGCUGUUCAAUCCGAUCAGCAAGCUCUGCGACACCGCCGACAACCCACCCGAUCAAAACCGUAUAGUCUUCUUAGGCAGCAGUAGCAAUUGCCAACAAUACUUCAUAUGCUACUAUGGCCAAGCGGUGUUGCAAGAAUGUAGCGCCAAUCUCCAUUGGAAUGCGAAUACAGCCAAGUGCGACAUGCCCGAAAGUGCAGGUUGCCCAUUUCGGACUCCUGAUACUGUUACAAGUACAAUUGGCUCAACAAAUGGAAAUGGUGGCACUGACAACAGCGCCGACGGAUCGGCGAGUAGUGAUGGUGGCGAACUCAUUGAUUGCCCAAUCUAUGGGCAACAUGUAUUUCCACACAUGCUGCGUUGCGAUUAUUUUAUUUACUGUGUUAAAGGACAUGCCAUCCUGCAGCAGUGUCCCUUCUACUACCACUUCGAUAUCGUGUCGAAAAGUUGUAAAUUGCGCACAGCAGCCAUCUGCGUGCGAGAUUUAAAUAUUAACUUCCGCCAAUUAAUAGCAAAAGUGUAA